AUGACGGGCCAAAAGCUCCCCGAGGUCGAUCUAGCCACCAGGAUGCAAGUCGACGACUCCGUCGUGGGCACGACCGAGAUCGACGAGGCCCUCUACAGCCGACAGCUCUAUGUCUUGGGCCACGAGGCCAUGAAGCGCAUGGGCGCCUCCAACGUCCUCGUUGUUGGCCUCAAGGGCCUCGGCGUCGAGAUCGCAAAGAACAUCGCCCUGGCUGGCGUCAAGAGCCUGACGCUCUACGACCCGGCUCCCGUCCAGCUCGCCGACCUCUCCACUCAGUUCUUCCUCACCCCGCACGAUGUGGGGAAGCCUAGAGACGAAGUGACGGCAUCCCGGGUGGCCGAGCUCAACGCUUACACCCCAGUCAAGGUCCACCAAUCGUCUGGGCUCGUCGAUAACCUCUCCCAGUUCGACAAGUACCAGGUUGUUGUCCUGACCAACUUGCCCAUUUCGGCCCAGAAAGCCAUCGGAGACUACUGCCACUCAAAGGGCAUCUACGUCGUCGUUGCCAACACGUUCGGCCUCUUUGGCUCCAUCUUCUGCGACUUUGGUGACAAGUUCACCGUCAUCGACCCCACUGGCGAGACGCCGUUGAGCGGAAUCGUUGCUGGCGUCGACGAAGAGGGCCUCGUCUCGGCUCUCGACGAGACCCGGCAUGGCUUGGAAGAUGGCGACUACGUCACCUUUUCCGAGGUGGAGGGCAUGGAGGGCCUGAACGGGUGCGAACCCCGGAAAAUUACUGUCAAGGGCCCUUACACUUUUUCCAUUGGAGACGUGUCGGGCCUCGGCACAUACAGGCGCGGCGGAAUGUACCAGCAGGUCAAGAUGCCCAAGAUUGUCAACUUCAAGAGCUUUACGGCGGCUCUCAAGGAGCCCGAGUUCCUCAUGUCAGACUUUGCCAAGUUCGAUCGGCCUCCGCAGCUCCACCUCGGCUUCCAGGCCCUCGAGGCCUUCCAGCUGUCCAACGGCCGGCUACCGAAGCCCAUGGACGACGAGGACGCUGCCGUAGUGCUCGGCGCAGCCAAGAAGUUUGCCGAGCAGGAGAAGCUCGAGAUGGAGAUCGACGAGAAGCUGCUCAAGGAACUCAGCUACCAAGCAAUGGGAGACCUCAGCCCCAUGGCCGCCCUCUUCGGCGGCAUUGCUGCGCAAGAGGUGCUCAAGGCCGUGUCGGGCAAGUUUCAACCCAUCCAGCAGUGGAUGUACUUUGAUGCCAUCGAGUCGAUCCCCACAUCUACGAAGCGCACUCCGGAGCUGUGCAAGCCCGUGGGAAGCCGCUACGACGGCCAAAUCGCCGUCUUUGGCAGCGAGUUCCAGGAAAAGAUUGGCAACGUCAAGCAGUUCUUGGUCGGCGCAGGCGCCAUUGGCUGCGAAAUGCUCAAGAACUGGGCCAUGAUGGGCCUCGGAGUCGGGCCCAAGGGCAAGAUCUACGUGACGGACAUGGACUCGAUUGAGAAGAGCAAUCUCAAUCGGCAGUUUCUGUUCCGCGCUGCCGACGUGGGCAGCAUGAAGAGCGACUGCGCGGCCCGAGCCGUGCAGCGGAUGAACCCCGAGCUCGAGGGCCACAUGGUGACGAUGAAGGACAGGGUCAGCGCCGACACGGAGCACACCUUCAACGAGGAGUUUUGGCAGGCCCUGGACGGCGUGACCAACGCUCUGGACAAUGUCGAGGCCAGGACGUACGUCGACAGGCGCUGCGUCUUCUUCCGCAAGCCACUGCUGGAGAGCGGCACCCUGGGCACCAAGGGCAACACCCAAGUCGUCUUGCCACAUCUGACCGAGUCGUACUCGUCCUCCCAAGACCCGCCGGAGAAGGAAUUCCCCAUGUGCACCAUCCGGAGCUUCCCCAACCGAAUCGAGCACACCAUUGCGUGGGCCAAGGAAUACAUGUUUGAGAGGUCUUUUGUCAAGGCCCCACAGACGGUGAACCUGUAUCUGACGCAGCCCAACUUCCUGGAGACGACGUUGAAGCAAGGCGGCAACCAAAGGGAGACGCUCGAGACGAUUCGCAACUACCUCACGACGGAGCGUCCCCGCACGUUUGAGGACUGCAUUGCCUGGGCCCGGAUGCUGUUCGAGACGGAGUUUUCCAACAAGAUCCAACAGCUGCUGCACAACUUCCCCAAGGACUCGGAGACGUCGAGCGGCACACCCUUCUGGUCCGGGCCCAAGCGCGCGCCGGAUCCGCUCAAGUUUGACCCAAACAACCCGGCACACUUUGGCUUCGUCGUCGCGGCCGCGAACCUGCACGCCUUUAACUUCAACAUCAAGUCGCCUGGGAUGGAGAAGUCGAUUUACCUGAGGGAGUUGGAGAAUGUGAUUGUGCCGGACUUUACCCCCGAUGCCAACGUCAGGAUCCAGGCCGAUGACAAGGAGCCGGACCCCAACGAAAACACAGGCUUGGAUGACGGCGACGAGCUAGACAAGAUCAUGGCCGGCAUCCCGUCGUCCAACACGCUCGCGGGCUUCCAGCUCCAGCCGGUCGAGUUUGAGAAGGACGACGACAGCAACCACCACAUCGACUUCAUCACGGCGUGCAGCAACCUGCGGGCCGAGAACUACAAGAUCGAGGCGGCGAACCGCCACAAGACCAAGUUCAUCGCGGGCAAGAUCAUCCCGGCGAUUGCAACGACGACGGCGCUGGUGACCGGGCUGGUGGUGCUGGAGCUGUACAAGGUGAUUGACGGCAAGAAGGACGUGGAGCAGUUCAAAAACGGUUUCAUCAACCUGGCACUGCCCUUCUUUGGCUUCAGCGAGCCGAUUACGAGCCCCAAGGUGGAGUACCAGGGCCCGGACGGCAAGGUGACGCUGGACAAGAUCUGGGACCGGUUCGAGGUGGACAACAUUACGCUGCAGGAACUCCUCGACUACUUCAAGGCCAAGGGCCUGAGCGUCAGCAUGCUCAGCUCAGGCGUCAGCCUGCUUUACGCGAGCUUCUUUCCUCCAUCAAAGCUCAAGGAACGCUACGGCAUGAAGCUCAGCAGGCUGGUCGAGACCAUCUCGAAGAAGGCGAUUCCGUCGCACCAGAAGGAGGUGAUAUUCGAGAUUGUGGCCGAGGACAUGGCCGAGGAGGAUGUGGAAGUGCCGUACAUCAAGGUGACGGACUGGGUCAAGCCCGGCGACAAGUCUGGCGAGUACAAGCGCCAGGUCAGCUCGUUCCGCGACCGCAUCUCGCGCGAGAGCGGUGCCAAGUAUCCGCCCGAGAAGGGGCGCUAUCACCUCUACGUCAGCUACGCCUGUCCUUGGGCCCACCGCACCCUCAUCACCAGGAGGCUCAAGGGCCUCGAGGACCUCAUCUCGUACUCGGUCGUGCACUGGCACCUCGCCGAGGGAGGAUGGCGCUUCGUCACGGCCGACGAGAAGGAGCCCGGCGACAACGUGGUGCCGGAUCCCAUCGACGGCCACGGCGCCUUCACCCACCUGCGCCACGUCUACUUUGAGUCGGACGAGGAUUACCAGGGCCGCUUCACCGUGCCGGUCCUGUACGACAAGAAGACGAAGCGCAUCGUCAGCAACGAGAGCAGCGAGAUUGUCCGCAUGCUCGGCACCGAGUUUGACGACUUGGUCCGGCCAGAGUUCCGCUCCGUCGUGCUGUAUCCAGAGAAGCUGCGCGGGCAGAUUGACGAGACCAACGAGUGGACGUAUGACUUGAUCAACAACGGCGUCUACAAGUCGGGCUUUGCCACGACGGCGCAAGCCUAUGAGAAAAACGUCGUCGCUCUCUUCGAGGCCCUCGACCGAGCCGAGAAGCACCUCGCCGGACAGACCGACGGGCCCUAUUACUUUGGCAAGGCGCUGACCGAGGCCGACAUUCGCCUGUACGUGACGCUGGUGCGCUUCGACCCCGUCUACGUCCAGCACUUCAAGUGCAACGUGCGCGACGUCCGCUCGGGCUAUCCGGCGCUGCACCGCUGGAUGCGCACCCUGUACUGGAAGCACGCGGCGUUUGGCGGGACGACGCAGUUUGACCACAUCAAGUGGCACUACACGCGCAGCCACACGCAAAUCAACCCCAUGUCCAUCACGCCGCUCGGGCCCCUGCCGCACAUUCUGCCGCUCGACGAUGAGGUGCCGGCUGCUGCCGGUGCCGCAAAGUCGUAA